AUGGUUCUGACCAUGGAAUCUGCCCGAAGCCUCUACAAAAAUGACAUCGAUUUUGCAGCGUUGGCGCUGCAAUCGCGCGACUUCGCCAAGCACUUAAAACCAAACGGACAGCUGGACUUCACUGACCCAGCCGCCGUCCGACAACUCACCACCACCCUCCUGCAACAAGAUUUUCAUCUGAAAGUUCAGAUCCCCGAGGAUCGACUGUGUCCACCGGUACCAAAUCGACUCAACUACAUCCUCUGGCUGCAAGACCUCCUCGACUCCACCGCCGGAGGACUACACGAAGGGUACGACCAAGACCGGGAGGUCGUUGGACUCGACAUCGGAACUGGAUGCAUCGGUAUCUACCCUCUGCUGGGAUGUGUAACACGUCCGCGGUGGACCUUCGUAGCAACAGAUAUCGACUCGAACAAUAUUCGCACCUCCCAGCAUAAUGCGGCCCUGAACAACCUCGAAUCACGGAUUCGGAUCGUGCAUUCCGACCCCGACGGCCCGCUCAUCCCGAUAGAAAAGCUGGGCUGCCAAACCCUCGACUUCACCAUGUGCAACCCACCCUUUUACACCUCGUCCAAUGAGCUGAAGCAAUCUGCUGAGCAGAAAGAGCGAGAGCCUUUCUCGACCUGCACCGGUGCCGAAGUAGAAAUGGUGACUCGCGGCGGAGAAAUAGCAUUCGUGAAGCGGAUGAUCGACGAGAGUCUCCACCUGCGCGACCGGGUCCAGUGGUACACAUCCAUGCUCGGCAAACUGAGCAGUAUCAACGCACUGGUGGAGAUGCUUAUCAAGCAUGGCAUCACAAAUUUCGCAGUCACGGAGUUCGAGCAGGGGAGCAAGACGAAGCGCUGGGCCGUGGCGUGGUCAUGGGGAGACAGAAGGCCUGCUAUGAAUAUUGCGCGUGGAAUACCCGGGUGCCCGAAGAGUCUUCUGCCUUUUCCUGCUGAUUACACAUUCACGCUACCACAUGGCACGUCUAUCGACACAGCAACUGCUAUUAUAAAUGCUGAACUCAGCUCAUUGCCUUGGUUCUGGGCGUGGGAUCAGGCACGUUCUGCGGGGACGGGAUUCGCUGCUGAGAAUGUGUGGUCGAGAUUCGCCCGCCGGAAGAUGAAACUUGCCGGUGGAGAGGGUGCGGCUAAAUUGAAGGUGAUUCCCGCCCAGGUGGCGCUGGGAGUACGUCUGCAGAUACGGCUGGUCCGGGGUCAGAAACCGGAGGAGAAAGAAGUGAAGGUUUUGGUCCGCUGGGUACAGGGGACAGAUAACGUCUUGUUCGAGAGCUUUUGCGGGAUGGUGAAGAGGAAGUUGGAAUCAGAAUGA